CCGCGAAGCACUGAGAGUUCAUUUCACCCAACGGCAAGGCAUAUAUGUGUGCGCAUCGUUGCACUGCAUAUUCCUCCCUCUCAAUAGCUCGCUGCUCUCGAAUUAGGAGGAUACUGAAUCUGAGGAAGAAAUAAACUUGAGCUUUCUCUCUCCUCCCCCAACCACUUCGGCAUGAUAUAAGUAGAACCACCUCCAAGCGAAGGGCUCACACAAAGUUAGGACUUAGCUAGUGGUGGUGGUGGUUAUAACCAACUGACCUCUUCUUCCCACUGGAAGUUUCAAUUCAGAACCCCUCCCUGUUUAGCGAGUGCCCGGGGACUCGGCCACCAUGAAGUUUAUGAAACUUGGCACCCGGCCCGACACCUUCUUCUCCACCGAGUCCGCCAGGUCUGUCUGUACAGAGGUGGCCACUGACCUGCAGAUCCUGGUGGGCAACUGCCUGUAUAAUCUCCACAAGUUUCCGCUGCUUUCGAAAUGCCUGCUCCUGCAAGCGCUGUGCGCCGAGUCCGGCUGCGGCGGCGGAGACAACGGCGACUUCAUCGAGCUGGCGGGGUUCCCGGGCGGCGCAGAGGCGUUCGAGGCGUGCGCCAAGUUCUGCUACGGCAUCACCAUCACGGUGAGCGCGCGCAACCUGGUGCCGCUCCGGUGCGCGGCGGCGCAUCUGGGCAUGUCGGAGGCCGCCGACCGGGGCAACCUGGCCGCCAAGCUGGAUUCCUUCCUGGCGUCCUGCCUGCUCCGCCGCUGGAAGGACGCGCUCGCCGUGCUCCACUCCACGCGCCACUACAGCGCGCCGCUCUGCGAGGACCUCGGCCUCACCCCGCGCUGCGUCGACGCCGUCGCCGAACUCAUCGCCAGCCCCGCCGCCAUGCCCACGUCAUCGUCCACGUCCACGUCCACGGCGCCAUGGUGGGCGCACGACGUGGCCGAGCUCGGCGUGGACAUGUUCUGGCGCAUCAUGGUGGCCGUCAGGUCCACGGGCGCCGUCCACGAGAAGACCGUCGGCGACGCGCUCAAGGCCUACGCGCGCCGCUGGCUCCCCAACGUCGCCACCGCCAAGGACGAUGCUGAUGCCAUCGGGAUCAUCGCGGACGACGACGCCUCCAGCGUGAGGACGAAGCAGGUCGACACGAGGAGGCACCGGCUGCUGCUGGAGAAGAUCGUGAGCCUUCUCCCGGGCGACAAGGACGCCGUGUCCUGCGCCUUCCUCCUCAAGCUCCUCAAGGCGGCCAACAUCCUGAGCGCGUCCCCGGCGUCCAAGGCAGAGCUCGUCAGGCGCGUGGCCUGGCAGCUCGAGGAGGCCACUGUCGGCGACCUUCUCAUAUUCCCGUCAUCCGCGUCCUACGGCGAGACGAUCUACGACGUGGACGCCGUGGCGGCCAUUCUCGACGAGUUCGCGCUGCGCCACGCGGCGGCGAUCGCGCCCGCGCAGGCCCCGGCUCUGUCGGGAAGCCCGGACGAGGACGACGACGAUAGCCCGGCGCCGAGGCGAUCGGGCGCCGGGCACCGGAGGUCCAGGUCGGCCGAGAGCGUCGGGUUCGACGGCGGCGCGCGGCGGUCGUCUUCUGCGGCGCCCGUGUCGCAGCACGCGCUGGUGAGGGUGGGCAGGCUCGUGGACGCGUACCUGCUUGAGGUGGCCAAGGACCCCAACCUGCCCGUGGACAAGCUGCUCGCCGUUGCCGAGGCCGUGCCCGACAGCGCCCGCCCGGAGCACGACGGCCUCUACAAAGUCGUCGACUCGUACCUCAAGGCGCACCCGGAGAUGGGCAAGAGCGCACGGAAGAGGCUGUGCCGGGUGCUCAACUGCCGGAAGCUGUCGGAGAAGGCGUGCUCGCACGCGGCGCAGAACGAGCUCCUCCCGCUCCGCGUCGUCGUGCAGGUGCUCUUCUUCGAGCACGCGCGCGCCGCGGCGCUCUCGUCGGCCGGCGCCGCUGGCGACCAUUUGCCGAGCAACAUCAAGGCGCUGCUGCUGUCCAAGUCCGGGUCAGAGCAGGAAGACGACGACGGCGCCGCCGAGCGGGGGGCCGUGGACGAGCAGAGGCUCCGCGUCCUGGCGUCCGGCGCGUCCCCAGGCGACGACUGGAGCGUGGAGGGGCUCCGGCGCGCCGCGUCCAAGAUCGCCACGCUAAGGAUGAAGCUCGAGGAGGAAGACGACGACGCCGAGUUCGUGCGCAAGGCCGGGCUCUCGCGCAGCGCGUCGCUGCGGUUCAGGGCCUUCUGCGCCAUGCCCGCGGGGAACCCGAAGCGGAUGCUCAGCAAGCUGUGGCCGCUCACCAGAAGCGUCACCGCCGACCGGCAUUAACAGUAGUAGCAUCCUUGCCUGCAUUAGGUUUUGUAAUUGAUUCUUCUGUUUCUGCGCUUCUUCUUUUGCUAGGAGGUUGAGUUGUUUCUCUCUUGAUCUUACUACGUCUCGAUCAUCAGUUACAGUUUUUUUUUUACUAAGGCUAAGUGUACCUGCUAUGUAGCUGUAAUCAUAAUUGUCAAAAUAAAUCAAAUAGGAACUGCACAGGUUAUACGCAGGGUAAA